GAUAUGUUGAAGUAUAAAUGCGGUGUAGCAAAAGUUGUACAACAAUUUUUUAAAAAAACUGUUUGUUCCCAAGAUUUUUUUGUUUGAAGAUUUUAGGAUGUAUAUAAUUAUGUUGUAUAAAUUUUAUUGCCUGCUAGGACAUUUUCUUUAAGAAACUGUGAAGAAAGUGAUGUCAUUCACUAUAAAUAUUACUUAUUCAUGGCCUGAUGACACUACCUUGGGUUCCACAAAUAAAAAUUAUACUCAAAAAACAAAAACCAACACAAUGUCAAUAUAUUAUGCACUGAUAUCACGUGAGUCAACGGUUUUAGUGGAUUACACUGAACAUUCAGGAAAUUUUCAGCAAAUCACCAUGGCCAUACUUCAAAAUAUUGACACAAAGAAGGACACAAUGUGUUCUUAUUCGUCUGGAGAGUUUAUAUUUCAUGUUGUUGUUAGCUCUGGCUUGGUUUAUUUAUGUAUGGCAGAUGAAUCAAUGGGCAAAUCUUUACCAUAUGCCUACUUACAUAAGAUAAAAACUCAGUUUGAAUCGAGUACCUUGUUUGAACGAGCAAUGCAUUGCAAUGCUUAUGAGUUGAAAAGAGAUUUCACUCCAGUUCUUGGUCAGCACCUACGCAAGUUUAACAAAGGAGAUGUAGAUGAUGCAAGCACAAGUAAAAUCAGAAACCUACAACGAGAUGUAGAUGAGGUGAAAACAGUGAUGACUCAAAAUAUAAAAAAAAUAUUCGACAGGGGUGACAAAUUGGACAUACUUGUCGACAAAACUGAAGACCUCUCAAAAUCGUCUGAAUCAUUCGCCAAAUCGUCACGUCGUCUUAAAAACAAGGCAUGGUGGGAAAAUAAAAAGUUGUGUGUUAUUAUGGUUGUUGUAAUUUUGGCUAUAAUUGGUAUCAUUACAAUCGUUGUUCUCGUCGAAGAGAAUGUGAUAUAAGAAGAAUGGUGUCGUGUAAUGAAUCGCGAGUAUAUUAUAUAUUAUAUAUGUAUGAAAAAGGCCUUCACGCGAAACCAUUAUGAGUUAUCAAUUUUGCAGAUGAUGUUUAUAUGAAUUCACAGCAAGAACAUUCUUUGGUUUGUGUAGACGUUUGCAGUAAAAAUUUCAAUAUUUAUCGAUCCUUUUUAGUGUUCCUUAUAUUUCUAUUCUGUUUCUAGUUGAUUCUGGAGACAAAAUUGUCGGCAAAUUGUAGACUCGUGUUUCAUUUUCUUUUCUCGCAAACAACCUGGUACAUAGGCCUCCACUUGAAAUAAGGGCAUAUCUUAAGUAUAAACUUGUUUGAUCUUGUUUUAACAGUUUGAGUGCAAAGCAUUCGUAUCUUUUUUAAAAUUGUGCAAUUUCAAGUGUUUCAAGUGUCAUUUUUCUUGUUAUAUUUUGUUUCCGACAUCUUUUAGUGUAAACAGGGUUUUAAGUUCCUGCAAUUAAACUUCUUCGUUUUUUUGCUAAACUGAGCAUGGAAACGAAUAGCUGAAUGUUAUGUAAUGGCAGCGCACAGCUUAGAAAAUUAUGUUUAUAGUAGUGUAAUUAAGGGCAUGUAGGAGGAGGCAAAUAUUCUGGUCUGCUCUUUAACCUAAAAUCAUUUAGAGGACUGUUAGUAAAUAUAUUUAAACGGACUAGCAUAUUUUCUUAAAUAUUUUUUUGUGCAUUUCUUUUCAGAAUAUUUUAUAGUUGUAUAUAUCCUAUCGUUAAGUAAAAUUCUAUUACGUCACUUUAUAAGAAAUAAAAUCGAAAGAUAAAA